GUGAGAGGGAAGGGAGCAGCCCGGUGCGCGUGUGGAUGUGCAGCGCGCGCCUUUGUGGGAGCCGGGAGACCCGCUUUGUGACUUCAGCGGCUCCGUAACAGAGCCCGAGCCGCCCGCCCCGGCUGCGCCCCGCGCCCGGCCGGCGGGGCAGGAUGCUCUGCUUCAUGCCGGGAGUGGCCUUCGUCCCCGCGCUGCUCGUCUGCUGGUCCUCGGCCGCCUUCAUCAUCUCCUAUGUGAUCGCCGUGCUCGGGGGCCACGUCGAGCCGCUCCUGCCCUACAUCAGUGACACAGGAACAAAACCUCCAGAAAGUGGCGUCUUUGGGUUUAUGAUUAAUAUUUCAGCAUUUUUAGGUGCAACUACAAUGUACAUCAGAUAUUUGAUAUUAGAGAAGCAAAACGAAUCAUCAAAUUUUAUGAGUUCUUUAUGUAACUUAAUUACAUUAUGUAUUGGAUUGCUGGGCUGUUUUGGAAUGGGCAUUGUUGCAAAUUUUCAGGAGUUAGCGGUUCCCAGCGUCCAUGACGGAGGAGCUCUUGUGGCUUUUGUCUCUGGUGUUGUGUACAUUACACUCCAGUCCAUCAUUUCUUUCAAGUCAUGUCCACAAUGGAACAGUCACAGUACAUGUUACAUAAGGAUGGCCAUUGCUGUGGUGUCAUGCAUGGCUGUCAUUCCCAUGAUUGUAUGUGCAUCAUUAAUUUCGAUAAAAAUUGACUGGAUUCCAGGUGAAAAGGAUUAUACUUAUCAUUUGGUGAGUGCAAUCUGUGAAUGGACAGUGGCCUUUGGUUUUAUCUUCUUCUUCUUAACCUUCAUUAGAGAUUUUCAGGGAGUUACCUUAAGGAUAUUAACAGAAAUACAAGACGUCUUCUGACAAUAGGAAAAUUAUAUUUUAAUCAAUGAACAUUGUAGGAAUUUUUUUUUUAUUAAAGAAACUGUUGCAGCGAAACAAGAGAUUUCAAUGCUGAUACACCACGAAACCACUGCAUCAAACCGCAGUCUGCAUAAUCCUAUUUCUGGACACCUUUUUAAUAUUAACAAUAUUUGUAAAUUUACUUUUUCCUUGAAUGGGCU